AUGCCCAAGCCAAAGAACAAAGGAUCCAAGUCCGGCAAAUUGGAAGCUGCAGAACCGCCACCAGCUCCUCCAUCAUGGCCAGCUUUCAAACCUCCACUGCCAAUAGUUGACCUUUCCCCCGUACCACACCCAUUGACAUCAAACGUGGUUCUUAUACCUUCAUUCUUUCCACGGUCUCUUUGUCGAGAUUAUGUUUCCUUCCUCGAGACUUUACCUCUGCAAACAACGCCUGGUCGUCCCAAGCGGGGCGACGCAGUCCGGGUUAACGAUCGCUUUCAGGUUGAUAGCCAGGACUUUGCUACUCGGUUAUGGGAGCAGACGGGCUUGAAAGAGGUUUUGUUGGAUAGUGAUCAUGAGCAAUGGGGUGGUGAACCCGUUGGUCUAUCUUACAAUAUUCGGAUAUAUCGUUAUUCAAAGGGCCAGUUCUUUGACUGUCAUUACGACGACUCCAACAACUUGACUCUGCCAUUAGAUCCUCCAGUGCCAGUGAAAACUACCUGGACCCUUCUACUCUACCUAACAUCCUCCUCCGAGGGCUGCGUUGGAGGCGAGACAGUCUUCUACCCAAGAGACCGUAGAUCUGCUCGAGAAGAGAUCGUGGUUCCUCUUGAGACCGGCAUGCUUCUUUUGCACAAGCAUGGUGAUGACUGCCUUCUUCACGAAGGACGAGAGGUGACCGAUGGCGAGAAAUGGGUUCUCCGCACGGAUCUUUGCAUCAGACGAUGA